AUGGCUGCAAAUUUCAUUGUUCCGAAACGACAAAUACUUACAAAAGAUGAUCUUGAAAAAUUCAAAGAAUCCCAAGCCCAUGAGGAUUAUAUUUCUUUUGUAAUACGGCUAAAUGAUUCAGUUAAAGGCUUGAAGCUUAGCGAUGAUUGUGUUGUUUCAGUGUUUUUGUCAAAUGUGCUUGAAAUUUUGGAUACUGUAAAUUCAUAUUGCAAUAAAAUUCCACCAGUACAAAAUGAAAAGAGUCGUUUUGGAAAUCCAGCAUUCAAAAAUUUCUAUGAUCAAAUUUCAAAUAAUGUUGCAGAAUUACAUGAAAAUUUAUCAAUACCUCCUUCAGCCAUACCAGAAGUUUCGGGAUAUUUUGUAGAAAGUUGGGGUAAUCGCAAUAGAUUAGAUUAUGGUACAGGACAUGAAGCAAACUUUAUCGCAUGGUUAUUAUGUUUUGAAAAAUUAGGAAAAAUUGGUCCCGAUGAUUAUGUUGCAGUGAUUUUAAAAGUAUUUCAAAAAUACAUUGAAGUGAUGAGAAAUUUACAAAUUACAUAUUGGCUUGAACCAGCAGGAUCACAUGGAGUCUGGGGUUUAGAUGAUUACCAUUUCUUACCUUUUAUGUUUGGUUCUGCUCAAUUGUUUGGUAUGAAAUCAUUGAAUGAAUUCUUUUGA